UACACAUGCUGUACAUCGGUUACAGGAGAGUGAAUGCUACUUGACAAUGAAUGAAACCUGAUGAAACUACCAGCCAAAAUAAAUAAUGCUAAUGAAAUGUAAUAUCCUCCUUUUUUAUCUUCUCAAAUGUUUCCUUUUGUCUGGUCAGUACGGCAGACUAAUUGAUUUGUGUCAGCCGACCCAGAAGAAGUUUCAGAUCGCCGUGACCAAGGUCCUCGGAAAGAACAUGGACGCCAUUAUUGUGGACUCAGAGAAGACUGGCAGAGACUGCAUCCAAUACAUCAAGGAGCAGAGGGGGGGGGGGGGGGCUGAGACCUUCCUGCCCCUUGACUAUUUAGAGGUACAGGUCAUGCACCCACCCGUCGAGAAGCCGCGGCGAGCUGCGGGGUGCUAAGCUGCGGUGAUUGAUGUGAUCCGUUACGAGCCGCCGCACAUCAAGAAGGCUCUGCAGUACACCUGUGGCAACGCGCUGGUGUGUGAGAAUGUGGAGGAUGCACGCAGGAUUGCGUUUAGAGGGCCCUACAGACACAAGACUGUAGCCCUGGAUGGCACGCUCUUUCAGAAGUCCGGUGUGAUAUCUGGUGUAGCCAAUGACCUGAAGGCCAAGGCCUGGCGCUGAGAUGAGAAGGCGGUCGACAAACUCAAAGACAAAAAAGAGAAGCUGACCGAGGAGCUCAAGGAGCAAAUGAAGGCAAAGAGGAAAGAUGAGCUGAGGCAGGUGCAGUCGCAGGCACACGGCUUACAGAUGAGGCUGAAAUACUCCCAGAGUGACUUGGAACCUCACACACACACACACACACGUUCUCUCCCACACACGGCUUACAGACGUAUCAACGACAUCAAAAAGAUCAUCCAAUCACGUGAGCUUAGGGACCGCAUGAACCUGGUACCAGAUAAUUUCUUUCCACUACUACAUUCACAUCAACCACAAACUUGUACAUCCCAGACUGUUCUUUAUGGUCAUUGUUGCUUUGUGUUCAUCAGGUGGAGGACGGCGAUCGGCGUGAGAAAUAUCAGAGAAUUUGAGGAGGAGAAGGUGAAGAGGCAGAAUGAAAUAGCCAAGGUUACGCAGUCAUCUUGUACCUUCUCAAAAAAACUUUCUUGUGGAUUCUCCAGUCUGGAGUUCGAGACCCAGAAGACCCGUCUGGCUAUCCAGCUGGACUACGAGAAGAACCAGCUGAAGGAGGACCAGGAGAAAGUGACGAUGUGGGAACAGACGGUGAAAAAGGACGAGAGUGAAAUAGAGCGAAGACACAUGAAGAUCAUUGAUGGAACAAUGGCCCAGCUCCAAGACUUGAAGAACCAACACCUCACCAAAAAGUCUGAAGUGAAUGACAAAAACCGUAAGAUGGAGGAUAUACGCAGGAAGCUCGGCGGUGCAAACAAAGAACUUACCCAGCUGCAGAAGGAGGUGACCGCCAUUGAAACCAAACUGGAGCAGAAGCGUAGCGACAGACACAACCUGCUCCAAGCCGGCAAGAUGCAGGACAUCCGGCUGCCACUCAAGUCAGGCACCAUGGAUGACAUCAGCCAGGGGGAGGGGAGCUCUCAGGUGGAGACUUCCAGCUCUGUGCACGCCAAAGAGGCCCUGAAAGAAAUCGACUACGGCAAUCUCUCUGAGGACCUGAAGGUAUGCUCCAAGUGUAUAAAACAUUCAUCAACACAAACAUCGGAAGCAGCCAUCACAAAUCGAGGCGGAGAUGAACACCCUGCAGAGCGUCCUGCAGCGGAUCAGCGCCCCCCCAACAUGAAGGCCAUGGAGAAGCUGGAGAGCGUCAGGGACAAGUUCCAGGAGACCAGCGAUGGUGGGUGGAGAGGAAGGAGAGCGUCAGGGACAAGUUCCAGGAGACCAGCGAUGGUGGGUGGAGAGGAAGGAGAGCGUCAGGGACAAGUUCCAGGAGACCAGCGAUGGUGGGUGGAGAGGAAGGAGAGCGUCAGGGACAAGUUCCAGGAGACCAGCGAUGGUGGGUGGAGAGGAAGGAGAGCGUCAGGGACAAGUUCCAGGAGACCAGCGAUGUAUCUGAAGGAGCUUUGUGUUCUGUGUUCGGCAGAGUUUGAGGCCGCCCGCAAACGGGCAAAGAAGGCCAAGCAAGCGUUUGAGCAGAUCAAGAAGGAGAGAUUCGAUCGCUUCAACGUCUGCUUUGAGUCCGUCGCCACCAACAUUGAUGAGAUCUACAAAGCCCUCUCUCGCAAUAGCAGUGCACAGGCACUCCUGGUCCCAGAGAACCCAGAGGAACCGUACUUAGACGGCAUCAACUACAACUACGGCAUCAACUACAACUGUGUGGCUCCUGGAAAGAGCUUCCGACCCAUGGACAGCCUCUCAGGGGGAGAGAAGACAGGCCUGGCUCUACUGUUUGUCAUUCACAGCUACAAGCCGGCUCCUUUCUUUGUUUUGGAUGAGAUCGAUGCUGCCUUGGAUAACACCAACAUAGGCAAGGUGGCUAAUUACAUAAAGGAUCAGUCAGUGCAGAAUUUCCAAGCCAUCGUGAUCUCUCUGAAGAAAGAGUUCUACACCAAGGCAGACUCUCUGAUUGGGGUCUACCCUGAGCAAGGAAACUGUGUCAUCAGUAAGGUUUUGACCUUUGACCUGUCUCAGUAUCCAGAUGCCAUCCCAAAUCCUAAUGAAUAGCUCACCAGCCUGGCGGGACCAUAACUGUAGAUU